AUGAAGUUUCUCUCGCUCCUCACUGCUGCAGGCGUCGCUGCCGCGCUGCCCACUUCCCCGGCUGAGGUCUCCAGCGCCGGCGAAAUCGAGGCCCGCCAGCUAGCAUCUACCCGCAACGAGCUGGAGAACGGCGACUCAGCCAACUGCCCCAAGGCCAUCUUCAUCUUUGCCCGAGCCUCGACUGAACCCGGCAACAUGGGCAUCUCGGCGGGCCCCAACGUCGCGUCCGUCCUGGAGGCCGCCUACGGCGACAAUAUCUGGGUGCAGGGGGUGGGGGGCCCGUACCGGGCAGGGCUGGCCGACAACGCGCUGCCGGCGGGCACGACGCGGGCGGCGAUCGACGAGGCGAAGCGGCUGUUCAACCUGGCCAACACCAAGUGUCCGGGGGCGGCCGUGGUCGCGGGCGGCUACAGCCAGGGGACGGCCGUCGUGUCCAACGCGAUCGCGGAGCUGCGGGGGACGGGGACGGCGACGCAGGAGCAGAUCCGGGGCGUCGUGCUCUUCGGCUACACCAAGAACCUCCAGAACGGCGGCCGCGUCCCCGACUACCCGACCGACCGCACCAAGGUCUUCUGCAACGUCGGCGACCUCGUCUGCUCCGGCACCCUCAUCGUUGCCCCGGCCCACUUCCUCUACACGGCCGAGUCGCUCGGCGAGGCCCCGCGCUUCCUCCAGAGCAAGAUCGACGCCACGUAG